UGUGUGUGUGUGUGUGUGUGUGUCAGGGAAGGUCACGUUACUUUCUAAAAGGACUCACCUGCUGACACGCCCUUUUCAGACCAAUGUUUCUUGUGGGUGCGGCUGCAGCCGGUGAACUGCUUCAAAGAAUGCUGGGUAACUUUCAUGUGUGACUUUUUAAAUAAACAAAACUUAGCACAAGAAGAAAGUUUAGAUCACAUCCGGAUUGGUUUGAUCAGUUAGUGCGAGAUAGCUUUGGUGUUUGACUUAGGCAGCAGAAAGUGGAAAGAUGGCUGUGCACGAAUGAUUGUUUGGUUUCCUUUUAACCACUGAAUAAUAGAAAAAUCAGCGAAGGUCUUUCACCUGAUUAGCUGAUUUAACCUCGGCUACUUCAGGCUCAAAGUUUUGUACAUCUUUGAGCCCUCAUACCUGUGUUACCCACAUUAAAUUAAAUAUUGCCAAUACCAAAUAAAUAUUGCACACAGUCCAAAGACAGAACUGUUUUUUGUUUAGCUUUUUCAAUGAGCAUCAGUGUCAUUAAUUAUGUUGUGGUCUCAAUUGCAAAAUUGCACCAAUUUAAGUCUCUGAUGUACAGGAAGAGGUCAUAUCACCAUCAGGUGUAGGUGACUGAUUUGACUACGUUAUAGUAUAUUUUCUGAGACCCUCUGUGGGGGGGACAAAAGGAUUGAUUGCCCAAAGAGACUAAAAAUCAGUUCAAUAACCAUUUAAAAACUCCUUUAGUGAUACUAUUACACAGAAGCAAUGCACGACAGGUUUUCAAAGUUGCCAGAAGUGGGUCAUUUAGAUAUCCCUGGGAAGGACACUGAAAAUCAGAGAGUGUAUGUGUGUGUGAAUGGGAGACAAAAGCACUAAGACAUAGAUCAACAGUGAAUGAGUGUGAAAGUGCUUUGAGCAUCUAAUUGUUUUUAGACUAACAAUGAUCUAAUCCUUGUUAUGUGAAACAGACUAUCCUGCAUCACAUUAAUCUAUGAGCUAAGUUAAGACUGGUCUAACCCCACAGACCAGUCUAAACUAUCUCUGUAAAACUGCUCCCAGGCUUUGUUGCUCUUACUAAUCAGCAGCCUUAAAAAUACAUAAGAAGAUGUGAGUGAGCUGAUAAUCUUGCAUCACGUCCUCAGAAGCGAUGUCGUGCUGCAGUUUUAUGGAGGAGGAAAUGUGAUGCUCGUUAGCAGAAAACCCUCAUGGCUGCCCGUAAAGACACCCCGACGAAGGCCGUUAUCAGCUGUGCAAAGUUCAGGGGCGCUGUGAGAGGGCGAAACGCGGCAUCAUUUUCUGCACAGUUAGAGAGCAGCCCGAGCCCAUCAGCUGGUGUUAAUCAUCUCCCAGAGAGGAAAAUGGCAACAGGACGAGCUGAAAAAGUUAGUAAUCAGGAGCCCUUACUUCAUGGCAUGGAGAAAACGGCGUGUAGGAAUAACCAUAAUCUAAUGUUCGCUUGAAUCGCUUUCACAAUUCUGCCAGCCUAAAAAUAUACACAUAUUGUCUAUUAUGGUGGCUUAUGCUGAUUAACCUUUGUCCAUGUCCAUAUAAGCCGGUGGGUCAGACUUUUACUGGCCCACAUAAAACUCAGUUUAAUUAAUAAAAGUACUGCUACCUAUAAGAAAGUAUUUAUUAUGGAGACUUGAGUUUCUGAGUUUAUAUUAAAAACCUAACUCUAUUGGAGUAAAUGCUGAGCCAUACUGUUUAGCAGUCUCUAGGUGAUCGGGGCUUUUAUGUUAAAGACUCUCACAGCCCUGCUUAUUUCAUAGUACGGAGCUCUGCUGCUGAUGUCUAAAAGCUGUUUGGAUUGUUUUUUUAUCACGACUCUUUAAACGGUGCAACUGGAUAAUUAGCAGUAGUUUCCCUUCAUUGCUGGUCGAUGGGGCAGCAGUCUAAACAGACCUCCCUCUCCUCAGCCUCCACCUCCAGCUCUUCUGUGGUGUAGGUGUUCCCAAACCAGCUGAGAGACAUAAUCUCUCCAGCAUGUCCAGCAUCUCCUCCCAGUUGGGGAUGGAUGAAACGCCUCACAGAGGACACGUCCAGGAGUCGUCCUGUUCAGAGCUGAUGCAGAUUCAUGACUGUACGCUUCCUGUAACUACCCACAGCUCAUGGGCGAGGGUGGGGACGUAGAUGGGCUGCUAAAUCAACAGUUUCACCUUGACUCUCAGCUUUCUCUUUACCACAGUAUACAAGGUCAAAUGAAGCUAAACAAUGGCUGUUCAACUUUAUGUGCACACUGCCAUAAUAUUUGCUUCAUAUGUGGUUCACUGUGUUUUGAAGAAUACCUCACAGGGAAUGUUAUUGGCUCUUCUGUAGGAAAGGUUUUCAUUUUGGCUGUUUGUAUCCUCAGAUUUCCAGCAUCUUCCCUGGAAGUUUCAAAUAAAGAAUCUAUCAUGGUGUAGUUGUAUCUCCUCCCCUCUGUUGUUGUCAGUCUGCCCUCGGGGGGUUCUCUGAAUUCAUCGCAGGCUCUGCGCUCACCACGUGACCUGGCCGAGCGGUCCUGAAAGCGAGCUCUCAGUGAGCAACGACGCAGAUCCAACAAUCAGCUGUUUGUCGGCUCGGCGCAGAGUGGGUCGGCACACAUACGACCGCAGGUCGAUUCGAACAGUGCUUCCUCUGCUGCCGUGAAGAGCGGCGUCCUCAGAGCCACAGCUGCUGCAGCGCGAGCUCAGCCACUCAUUUCUGACCACUCCACCGAAUAAAAGACCGACUUUAACGCUACUGUAAGGUGGCUUACGACACACUAUGUGCAGAUGUUUCAGAGCAUGGUUUUUAGAUUGAUCUUUAAAUGUAUUCAUUGUUCUCUUUAUUUGUGAGGGAGGGACUGAGAAAGCAUUUUUGAUUUUACACUUCAAAUCAUGUAACGCUAAACCCGACUUCUCCAAAACUGAGAUUAAAAAUCGAGAAACCAGCCCCAAAUAGCCAGCGUACAGCCUCCAGUGCAGCAUAAACCUAAAGCAUCUCCUUCAUGUGUGGGUGUGUGAGCUUGGUUAGCGAGCUUUAUUUACCUGCCGGGACACUACUGCACGGCUCGGGUGGAGCUCCUGCUACACCUGUGUGACCAAUGAAUCAUUGCUGGGGUGAGGAGAGAGAUCUUUCACACAGUAAAUGAAUUUUCUUAAUUUCUAGGAGUCGAGGCCUUUCGUUGCCAGCCAAAAGAUAUACUCUCUCGAGGGUGUCAUGGCAGGGGCUUUGGUCUGGUUGAAGAGGCCACUUUGGGGUGGCACCUUAGGGAGGCAUCCCGGUCAGAUGCUUAAACCACUUCUUCGGUUGGGUGCUUUCUGAGCCCCUCCUGAGUGAAUGGGCUCCUCACUCAAUGUUUUAUAACAUUUUAUCCACAGCAAAAUGUCUUCUUACCAAAGAAACAACAGAAGUGGUCACAGAUGAUCACAAGUAAACCUUCCCAUCAGUUGGGUUGGGCGAUUGGACCAACUACAUCAGUGGGUUUUCUUUAAACUUUAUUUUGCUAAUGACUUUGCCUCGUGAGAGUUAAAAAAAAACAGACACAUCCAGGAAUGCAGAGCAGAGAUCGCCAGCUGUGCUCUAAAGGUGCCCUCACACCCAGUUUGGCCCCUGGCAUUGUCGAGUGUUCAGCCUUUGGGGUCUGUAACACAGCGCAGCUCUGAUUUGUUGCUAAUGUGGCUGCAUAAAGCUGAAACGAACCAGAAGCACAAAUACCACAAAGGCGCACGUCUCAAUAGGGCAAAGAAAACAGUCUGUGGACUAAAAAUACCUCCUGCUAUGAUGUGACUCAGGUCUCACAACGAGGCUCGGCUGACAGACCUAAUCAAACGCUUUUUGCAUCACAGGGGAAACCAAAAAAAUCUACUUCAGCUCCACUCAACCACGCUCGUCUGCUUCAAAGCAGCUGCACACUGGAAAGAGAAGUUUUCACAACCUUUAUUUACGCCCCAAUGAUUCAGACACCCCUACUGCCACCAGUAUAGUCCAACAUCCUCUUUGGUGCCCACAUUGAAACCGGUGGCAUGGUGGUAACUCCACCCUUUACUUUGUCCUGCAUCAGGAUGUUUUUCCAGUUAUUUAACCACGAAGAGCUGGUCUGUUGUUUGACAUCAUAUCGCGUUCUCCCGCUUUUAUUCAUUAUUCAGAUGAGCAAACAACUGGCUGCUCUUUUACCAUCGGCAUGUUUGAAUAUGCAAACUCUGAAAGAUGUUCAGCUUGUAAGCAAAUACUGAACCACUUUGUUGUGGAAGUUGAAAGGCCGAGGAGCAGGUGUGUUAGCCUCCUCACUGGAGACUGGAAUAAAGGGAAACGACGCUUCUUUGAUCAAAUGAGGUGAUUCGGACGUAUUUAAUAAUAGCCUUCAGAGCGGCGAGAUGGAGGAUGGGAAGCCGGUGUGGGCGCCACACCCAACAGAUGGGUUCCAGCUGGGAACCAUAGUAGACAUCGGAGCUGACAGCCUCACCAUCGAGCCCCUCAAACAGAGGGGAAAGACGUUUUUGGCUCCGGUGAGCCAAGUCUUCCCUGCAGAGGAUGACGUCAACAAACAUGUGGAGGAUAACUGCUCUUUGAUGUACCUGAAUGAAGCCACGCUGCUCAACAACAUCCGAGUGAGAUACAGCAAAGACAAAAUUUAUACAUUUGUAGCAAACAUCCUGAUCGCCGUCAACCCGUACUAUGACAUCCCGAAGCUUUACUCGCAGGAGACCAUCAAGAAGUACCGGGGCCGGUCGCUGGGCACGCUGCCGCCGCACGUCUACGCCAUUGCUGAUAAGGCAUACAGGGACAUGAAGGUCCUGAAGAUGAGCCAGUCCAUCAUCGUCUCCGGGGAGUCUGGAGCCGGCAAGACUGAAAACACCAAGUUUGUUCUCAGAUACCUGACGACCUCGUACGGAACGGGUCAGGACAUCGACGAGAGGAUAGUCGAAGCGAACCCUCUGCUCGAGGCCUUCGGGAACGCCAAAACUGUCCGGAACAACAAUAGCAGUCGCUUUGGGAAGUUCGUGGAGAUCCACUUCAACGAGAAGAACGCCGUCGUGGGCGGCUUCGUGUCGCACUACCUGCUGGAGAAGUCGAGGAUCUGUCGGCAGAGCCCCGAGGAGAGGAACUACCACAUCUUCUACCGGCUGUGUGCCGGAGCUCCCGAAGACAUCCGGCAGAAGUUUCACCUCAGCUCUCCGGACACGUUCCGGUACCUGAACAGAGGAUGCACUCGGUUCUUCGCUACCAAAGACACAGACAAGCACAUCAUGCAGAAUCGGAAGAGCCCAGAGCACACAAAGUCGGGCCCGUUGAAGGACCCGCUGCUGGACGACCACGGCGACUUUGCCAGGAUGUGCGUAGCCAUGAAGAAGAUCGGCCUGGACGACACAGAGAAGCUGGAUCUGUUCAGGGUGGUGGCCGGCGUGCUGCACCUCGGCAACAUCGACUUCGAGGAGGCCGGAAGCACAUCAGGCGGCUGCGCCAUCAAGAACCAGUCGAGUCAGACGCUGGAGCACUGCGCUGAGCUGCUUGGCCUGGAGGAGGAGGACCUGCGGGUCAGUCUCACCAGCAGAGUCAUGCUCACGACAGCAGGGGGCGCCAAAGGAACGGUGAUCAAAGUGCCACUCAAAGUCGAGCAGGCCAACAACGCCCGGGACGCUUUGGCAAAGGCCGUGUACAGCCGUCUGUUUGACCACGUGGUGACCAGAGUCAACCAGUGCUUCCCCUUCGACUCCUCCGCCAACUUCAUCGGCGUCCUGGACAUCGCUGGCUUUGAGUACUUUGAGCACAACAGCUUCGAGCAAUUCUGCAUCAACUACUGUAACGAGAAGCUGCAGCAGUUCUUCAACGAGCGGAUCCUGAAAGAGGAGCAAGAGCUGUACCAGCGGGAGGGGCUGGGAGUCAACGAGGUUCACUACGUCGACAAUCAGGACUGCAUAGACCUGGUGGAGGCGAAGGUGGUCGGCAUCCUGGACAUCCUGGACGAAGAGAACCGUCUACCUCAACCCAGUGACCAGCACUUUACCGACACCGUUCACAACAAACACAAGGACCACUUCCGCCUGACUGUACCCAGGAAGUCUAAGCUGACCGUCCACAGGAACGUGAGGGACGAUGAAGGAUUUAUCAUCAGGCACUUUGCAGGAGCCGUGUGCUACGAGACGACCAAGUUUGUGGAGAAGAACAACGACGCCCUGCACAUGUCUCUGGAGUGUCUCGUCAGCGAGUCCAAGGAUCGCUUCGUCCGCGAGCUGUUCGAGAACUCCAACAACAGCAAAGACGUGAAGCAGAAGGCCGGGAAACUCAGUUUCAUCAGCGUCGGCAACAAGUUUAAGACCCAGCUGAAUAUUCUCCUGGACAAGCUCCGCAGCACGGGCUCCAGUUUUAUUCGCUGCAUUAAGCCGAACCUGAAGAUGGUCAGUCACCAGUUUGAAGGAGCUCAGAUCCUCUCCCAGCUGCAGUGCUCUGGUAUGGUCUCGGUGCUGGACCUGAUGCAGGGCGGUUUCCCCUCCCGAGCUCCAUUCCACGAGCUCUACAACAUGUACCAGAAGUACAUGCCUCCCAAGCUCACCCGCCUCGACCCGCGGCUCUUCUGCAAGGCUUUGUUCAAAGCUCUGGGGCUGAAUGAAAAUGACUACAAGUUCGGCCUGACCAGAGUGUUCUUCCGGCCUGGGAAGUUUGCAGAAUUUGACCAGAUCAUGAAGUCUGACCCCGACCAUCUGGCCGAGCUGGUGAAGAAGGUCAACAAGUGGCUCAUCCACAGCCGCUGGAAGAAGGUCCAGUGGUGCGCUCUGUCCGUCAUCAAACUGAAGAACAAGAUCCUGUAUCGAACCAGCGCCUGCAUCCAGAUGCAGAAGACGGUCCGGAUGUGGCUCUGCAUGAAGAAACACAAACCACGGAUCGACGGGUUAGUCAAGGUGCGUAACCUGAAGAAGAGGAUGGACCGCUUCAACGAGGUGGUGGGCGGGCUCAAGGAGGGCAAGCAGGAGAUGAGCAAACAGGUCCGGGAGCUGGACGCUGCCAUCGACACCCUGAUAGUCAAAAUCAAGACCACCAUAAUGGGCCGCAUCGACAUCGACCACGAGUACAAGGGCCUGGUGACCCGGUCAGAGAAGCUGCUGACCGAGAUGCAGAAGAAGAAGAAGGAGGAGGAGGAGCGCGAGCGGCUGCGACGCAUCCAGGAGGAGAUGGAUAGAGAGCGGAAGCGAAGGGAGGAGGAGGAGCAGCGCCGCAAGCAGGAGGAGGAGGAUAGACGGCUGAAAGCAGAGAUGGAGCUGAAGAGGAAGCAGGAAGAGGAGGAAAGGAAGAGGAGGGAGGAGGAGGAGAGGCGGAUUCAGAUGGAGAUGGAGCUGCAGCUGCAGGCGGAGCGUGAGGAGGAGGCCGCUCGGCAGGCUGUUCUGGAGCAGGAGAGGAGGGACAGGGAGCUGGCGCUGAGGAUCGCCCAGAGCGAGGCUGAGCUCAUCCCCGAGGAGGUGGCCAACGACUCGGGCCUGCGCAGUAACGGCUCCUCAGUUCCAUCGUCCCCAGAGCGAUCAGCCGCUGCCGCCGCUGCUGCUGCCUCCCCAAAGCUCAAGAGCUUGACCAUGGAGGAAAUGGCGAGGGAAAUGUCCGAACUUCUGGCUCGAGGUCCGCAGGUCCAGGCGUCCAAGGCGGCUGCGGGCACCAAGAAGUACGAGCUGAGCAAGUGGAAGUAUGCUGAGCUGCGUGACGCCAUCAAUACCUCAUGUGACAUCGAGCUGCUGGCCGCCUGCAGAGAGGAGUUCCACCGCCGGCUUAAAGUUUACCACGCCUGGAAGUCAAAGAACAAGAAGAGGAACACCGAUACAGAGCAGCGAGCACCGAAAUCUGUCACCGACUACGAUCAUGCACCACCUGUGAAAACAGCAUCCCAGCAGAACCCAGCCCCACCUAUACCGGCCCGGCAGUACGAGGUGGCGAUGAACCGGCAGCAGCGCUACUUCCGCAUCCCGUUCAUCCGGCCGAGCGACCAGUACAAGGACCCCCAGAACAAGAAGAAGGGCUGGUGGUACGCGCACUUCGACGGACCCUGGAUCGCCAGGCAGAUGGAGCUGCAUCCCGAUAAACACCCAAUCCUACUGGUGGCAGGAAAGGACGACAUGGAGAUGUGCGAGCUGAGCCUGGAGGAGACGGGCCUCUCGAGGAAGCGGGGCGCCGAGAUCCUCCCCCGGCAGUUCGAGGAGAUCUGGGAACGCUGCGGCGGGAUCCAGUACCUCCGCAGCGCCAUCGAGAGCCGGCAGGCGCGGCCCACCUACGCCACGGCCAUGCUGCAGAGCAUGUUCAAGUGACGGGGCCCGGAGGCGGGGCUUCGCGCUGCAAACAAAGGGACGAAUGCACCAGCUACCUGACACAGAUGGAGUGCGGGCGCGCUGCACAGGUUCUGACUCCAGGGCGUUCGACGUGAACGGCGUUUUGUUUUUCUCAACUGUCCUUUUGUUUUUCCUCCGUUUGAUGAGUUUUCGUUCUCGCUGGCUUUUGGUUCCUCAGUGGGGGCAGGGCGGGGAAGUUUUGCAUUGAACCCUAUGCAGAAACGAAAAAUCAUGCUAAAUGAUCACAUCCGGUUGUUUUCCAACAUUUCUGUAACAUGUGUGCAAGUCUAACUAUGAGGCCUUAAUACUACUUUAACAGGGUUUAAAUGCCGAAAGGUAGGACUUUCUGUUUGUUUAUUCAAAGCUGCCUCCCCAGAACAAGUUUAAUUCCUCUGUAAUUAUGCAUUCCUGAUGAUCCUGAUGAUUACACUGAAAUCUCACAGGUGUGUCGCUUCCGUCUUAACAGCUAGCUGGUGAUCCCGCUCCGACUUAAAAGCUGCUGUUCACGUCGUCUUCAUGCGGUUAUUGGAGGGUGAAAAAGAGAAACUCGCACAAGGAGCUGCAAGCUCUCACCACGAGGCUGCAUGCAUGGGUGUCCAAUUAUUCCACCGAAUUAAAUCCAAUAUUUACAAAUACUUUUUUUUUUUUAAUUACCUCUUGUUUUUCCAGCUGAAUGUAACUUGAGACCUUGUUGAUUUUUUCAUGUCGUGAUUCUUUUGUUUCUUCUCAUCGUAUGUGAUUUAAAUUAGUAAAGGGUCCAAAAACCUUUUGAGACCAAACGUGGCUCCGGACAUGAAACCUUGUUUUUGGUUUUUUUCCUCAUUAGCGGAGCCCCAUCCAUGAUUAAUUUCUGUUUAAGGAGCCGAGCAGAAAAUGUGAAUUAAUUAUGCAACUGCUGAGAUAUGACUCCACGUGUUCGUGGUGUUUUUCAGAACAGAUCAGCGCCGCAAAAAGAGACCCGAACAACUCAGCCAUGCUUCAACACUUUGAAUUUGAUUUGUUUAGUAAUUUGCAAGUGCAGCGAAUCCCAAGGUAGCACAAAACAAUAUGGUUUGGAAUCAGUUGUUAAGAUAUUCUGUCAGACUGGACAUUUCCCUGCUGUGUGAGAAGCUUUCGAGCACGAACUCUACAAUGCACUGGUACUUGGCCUCGAACUGGAACAUUCAUAUAACACUGAAUAUUUUCUAUAGGGCGGUAUGUGCAGACAGCAGUGUUAUUCCUACUGGAAUGUAAAAGUUUAUUUUUCAAAGAACAGUUUCUACUUCAUCGGCUUGGGCACAUGAGAUCGUCAAGCAAUAAAUCACACAAACUCAGCUAAGAAGGAAAAAACAGGCCUCUUUUGUCAUUACUUAGAAGAAGAAAAAAAAAACAAUGACAGACAAUCUGUGGUGACGUCGCACUGCGUUAUUCCCCCGAGCCUGUUUGUUCCCAAGCUUUCUGUUCCCCCUUUGAUGCUCUGCACAAGAAAAAUGUGGCUGAGAUUGUCUGAAAGCAUGAACAUCUGUCUUAUUGCAAAGUAGCCGAACCCCUUUACAGACAGCGAUAACAGCACAGCCAGGAUGGAUCUGAUAGUUGAUGAAGACGGCUCACUUACCACCAGCUAAAUUUAAAAAGAACCUAAAACUUGAUUUAAACAUUACUUUAUUAAUCUCAGAAGUAGAUUAUAUAAACAACUGCAUGUAGCAGAGGGGUUUAAUAUAAGCAGGCUGACUCAGGUUUUUGGCAUUGGGCUCUGAGCACGAUCACUGAAAAGGGGAAUUUAAUUCCCACAUCGUAAACAAACGAGGCCCAAUUUGUAUCUGAGACAUGCAACAAUAUAAGGUCAUCAAAAACCAUAUAUCACACGUCAACAUCAACAAUUGAUGAAAUCAUACCAUUUGGGUACUAAUUAGGUUAGAACGACUGCUAUCAAUAGUUAAGUGAGUCCUUUUGGGACAUUUCCUGUUAAAAGCUGCGUACAGUCUUGCCUACUGGAGCCAGAGAAAGACUAGAAAUGCCAACCAAAGUGAUUAGAGGGUCAGAUUACAAUUUUGGACCCACUGCGAGCUUGGUGUGUGGGCCUCUUCCACAGCAGACAUGUUGACCUAGCUCGGUUCCAUUUACUAAGCCAUUGCACUGAACCAGGAGCCGAGUGGACUGCGGCCAUUGUUGAUAGACACAAAAUGUUUUGCUGGGGAAAAGGCCCAUCAUCAGUGUGGGGGGAACUGCAGCAGGACUAUCUUGGAGACCUUAUAAUCUUCAUGAUUCAUUUUGCCAAAUAAUAGCUUUAAAAAACAUCAACAUGGAAAAUCAGACUGGUCCAGGAAUUUUCAUUUGUAAGGAUUCCAGCCGUGUUUGAAGCAGGUCAGAAAACCUCAAAUUUCUUCAGUAAAAUCUGUACCAAAUACAAAGAUCAACUUCACCAAGCUUGGCAUUUGUAUAUAAUGUGCCAGUACACGUGUUAAUGCUGAGUGUAAAGGGGACGCGCUCUGAGCUUUGCCGUCAUUAAGACCUCAGUGUUUGUUUUAACCAAGUGAUGACGUCGAGAUAUUUUCCUCCAUAACAUGCAAAGAAAGUCUUGUGGAUUUGCUGCGAUCUGUUUCUCGCCACACAUUGCAAUCAUUCCUGGGGAAGCACUGCCUUUGUCCACUGUCAUUUUUCUAACGCUGAUCUCUAACGGAUGAAUAAAAGCAUUCCAUGUUUCACUCA